UGAAGGGAAAGCUCCACAAAUAUCAACACGUCUCUUUUUGUGUGUACGUAUUCAAGUGUUACCUGGGCUCACCCUUGCAAGGAUGAUACGUAACACUUGAAGUGUUAGACCUUCAGGCUUUAUAUAUCUGUAAAUGUUUGGAGUGCCGUUGUCUUGUAAAAUUGCAAAUAUAAAUCAAACUCUACUCAGCCUCCUUGAUAAAUGCAAAUCAAUGCUUGAACUGAAGCAACUUCAUGCCGUUGUGAUCUGUUUCGGCUUAUCUCAAGAUGACCCAUUUAUAUCCAAAGUUCUUUAUUUUUCUGCUCUGUCCAAUUCAGGCGACAUUGACUAUUCCUACAGGGUUUUCUCCCAGCUUUCCAGUCCAACAAUUUUUAGCUGGAAUACAAUCAUAAGAGGCUACUCAAAUAGCAGAAAUCCAACCCAUUCUCUAUCUAUUUUUCUAAAUAUGCUGCGACUUGGGGUUGCACCUGAUUACUUGACAUACCCAUUUCUUGUGAAAGCAUCAGCUCGCCUUUUAAACCUGGAAACUGGUGUAUCUGUGCAUGCCCACAUUGUAAAAACUGGGCAUGAAUCUGAUAGAUUUAUCCUGAAUUCUUUGAUUCACAUGUAUGCUUCUUGUGGGAAUAUUAUGUGGGCUCGUAAGGUAUUUGAUAGUACGCAGGGAAAAAAUUUGGUUUCAUGGAAUUCCAUGCUGGAUGGCUAUGCUAAGUGUGGAGAAAUGAUUUUGGCUCAGAAAAUUUUUGAAUCCAUGUUAGAGAAGGAUGUUCGGUCAUGGAGCUCUUUAAUCGAUGGCUAUGUUAAGGCUGGGGAAUACAGCGAAGCAAUGGCUAUCUUUGAAAAGAUGCGAGCUGUUGGGCCCAAGGCCAAUGAAGUAACUCUGGUGAGUGUCUUGUGUGCCUGCGCACACCUGGGUGCUCUAGAGAAGGGGAGAAUGAUGCACAAAUACAUAGUUGAUAAUGGAUUACCACUGACGUUGGUCUUGCAGACUUCUCUUGUGGACAUGUACGCCAAAUGUGGGGCAAUAGAGGAGGCUUUGCUUGUAUUCCAUAUGGUCUCAAAGAGUCAAACUGAUGUCUUGAUUUGGAAUGCAAUGAUUGGAGGUCUUGCAACACAUGGGCUAGUUGAAGAAUCUCUUAAAUUGUUAAAGGAAAUGCAAAUGGUUGGUAUCCGUCCUGAUGAAGUCACAUACUUGUGCUUGUUGGCUGCCUGUGCCCAUGGAGGGUUAGUUAAAGCAGCAUGGUACUUCUUUGAGAGCCUUGGUAAAUGUGGCAUGAUACCUACAAACGAGCACUGUGCUUGCAUGGUAGAUGUGCUGGCACGUGCAGGUCAAUUAACCACUGCAUACCAAUUUAUUUUUCAAAUGCCCAUAGAACCAACAGCUUCCAUGUUAGGUGCUCUUCUUAAUGGGUGUAUUAACCAUAGAAAUUUAGCUCUUGCAGAAAUAGUUGGCAGGAAGCUUAUUGAGCUAGAACCAAACCAUGAUGGUAGAUAUAUUGGCUUAUCAAAUGUUUAUGCAGUUGACAAACGCUGGGAUGAUGCAAGAAGUACAAGAGAAGCUAUGGAGAGAAGAGGGGUGAAAAAAUCGCCUGGGUUUAGCUUUGUUGAAAUAUCUGGAGUCCUUCAUAGAUUUAUUGCUCAAGAUAAGUCACAUCCUGAUUCAGAGGAAACUUAUUCUAUGCUCAAUUUUGUUGUCUAUCAAAUGAAAUUUGGCUGUCGCAAAGACAAUCAAGAAGGAUUGAUGAACGAUACAACAACAGAAGAUGAAUUGCUUCUCUUUUGAGUAGAUGGUAUUGAAGUUUGUAGCAAUUGAAUUUUUUGGAAGAAUAAUCAGAAUCAGAAGUCCUCUACGAAUGAGUGGUUUGUUCAAGUGGUAUAUGUCUGAUUCUUCCUGGCCCAAAGGAGAAAAAAAAACUUGAUAACUAACCCGAUCAUGCUCUGGAUAUUCUUGACUUGAAUAGGAUUGCAUCUUUAUAGAGGAUACAUAUGUUCCUGGCCCAAAGGAGAAUCAGAAGUCCCUUUGGUUUAUCGGUUCCACAAAAUGUAUUCGCAUUUUAACAGGUUUACAAAUCCAUGCAAUAUGUAGAUUACAGUCCACUGAAAGUAACCUUGAAAUGUAACUGCCAUUUGAUGAGUGGGAAAAAUAAUUGCGCGCUCAACUUAGAUGUAUUGUAGAUAUAUCCUCGGCUAAAAUUAACAUGAUCAGUAUUUAGUAUGACGUGAAUUUAUCAUUAUAUUGGAAUUGGAUAUAGCGAUUGCAGCACAUGAUAUUAUGUGUA